GCCGUCAGUCCGAUCGCCAUCGCCAUCGCCAUCACCAGUGCAUCGCAGUAGCGAUCAGUAGUGAUCCCAGCAAACUGCGGCUCCGAGUUAUCCGUAUUUUUACACUCGUCAAAAGGCACCAAAAAAAAAGAAGCCCAACCCCGCGGGGGUUUCCGUUGAUUUCGGUCUUCACUCCACACCACACGUUGACGAAAACAACACGUCCUGAUGGCGACGAACUAGACUGUUGUCUCGAUCACGAGAGAAUCGUCUCAAUUUUUCGGUAUAUUUUUCUUUUAAUUUUCAUCAAAACGACGGAAUAAAACAGGAGAACAGUUGUGCCACGACGAGGAUCAUGAAAAUGGUGUUGUCACAACGGCAGAGGGAGGAGUUAAAUAAGGCGAUUGCGGAUUACCUCAGUACCAAUGGAUAUCAGGAUGCUCUGGAAGCAUUCAAGAAGGAAGCUGACAUGCCCGGUGAAGUGGAGCGUAAAUACGGUGGUCUACUCGAGAAGAAAUGGACAUCAGUCAUUCGACUUCAGAAAAAAGUUAUGGAAUUGGAGUCAAAGCUGUCAGAGGCUGAGAAGGAGUUCAUCGAGGGUGCACCAACUAGGGGUAAACGCUCGUCAUCAGAGUGGAUACCAAGGCCACCGGAGAAACACUGUCUCACUGGUCACAGGGCACCAAUAAACAGAGUCAUCUUCCAUCCCGUGUUCAGUCUAAUUGUAUCAGCCAGUGAAGAUGCUACUAUUAAAGUUUGGGACUUUGAGUCUGGUGAAUUUGAGAGAACCCUCAAGGGCCACACAGACAGCGUCCAGGACGUGGCAUUCGAUGCAACAGGCAAACUGCUCGUUUCCUGCAGUGCCGAUAUGUCGAUAAAACUUUGGGACUUUCAUCAGUCAUUCGCAUGUGUUAAGACAAUGCACGGACACGAUCACAAUGUCAAUUCGGUGUCGUUUGUACCAGGUGGAGAUCUUGUUGUGAGUGCAUCGAGGGAUAAGACUAUCAAAAUUUGGGAGGUAGCUACUGGUUACUGCGUUAAGACACUCACGGGACACAGGGAGUGGGUCAGGAUGGCGAGGGUCAGCCCUUGUGGUGAACUCAUCGCCAGUUGCUCCAAUGAUCAGACUGUUCGUGUGUGGCAUAUGUCGUCGAAGGAAACCAAAGUUGAAUUGAGAGACCACGAACACGUUGUCGAGUGCAUCGCCUGGGCUCCAGAGAGUGCUCGGGCUGCAAUAAAUGCAGCUGCUGGAGCUGAUAACAAGGGUGCACACGAGGGCCCAUUUCUCGCCUCAGGCUCACGCGACAAAACCAUUCGUAUUUGGGACGUUGCAGCUGGUGUAUGUCUCUUCACACUUCAUGGCCAUGACAACUGGGUGCGUGGUAUUGUCUUCCAUCCUGGUGGUAAAUUUAUCGUCAGUGUGUCAGAUGACAAGACAUUACGAGUCUGGGAUACCCGCAACAAAAGGGCUAUGAAGACACUAGAGGCGCAUGUACAUUUCUGCACCUCAGUUGAUUUUCACAAGAGUCACCCGUACGUGGUAACAGGUAGCGUUGACCAGACGGUGAAGAUUUGGGAAUGUCGCUAGUCAACCGAGCUUUCAAGUUUACAUAAAAAAAUCUUCACACAUUACUAUUUCUCUCGCCAUUAUUAUUAUUAUUUUUCUCCUCAUGAAUGAAAAAAACCACACCACCGAGAGCUACGGGAAUAUCUCAAAUUAUCGUUUCAAAAUUAUGCUAGAGGGCAGAUGAGAAAUUUCACAUUAGUUGGAGAUGAAAUCCACACGAGAGAGAAACAAUAAUGAGCCGAAUUGUAAGCUGCAGGAGAGCAGGAAAAACAUUUUAAAAAAAUACAAAAAAAAAAGCUAUCGUACAUGCUACUACUUAUACCUAUAAACGGAAAAAAAAUCAUAAAAGGAUUUAAAAAAAUCACAUAAACACGUAAUCGUAAGCUCUUUAAUUAAUUUAUAAUAAAGUAUAGUAAUUAUUAUGAGUAAAUAUCGUUUUACGGUAAUCAGCUACACCAUCUUGUGGAGAUAAACCAUUCAAGAGAAACGAUUGAGACAGAAUUGAGAGAUGUUUAGGGGGCACUGGAGGACGUGAAAAAAUUAUGAAAAUUUUUUCAAGCUUUCUUGGUGGGGCACUGGACACUCGACCUUUCAGAUCCUGUAAAUACCUUGAAAAAAAAAAACAAACAAAACAAAACAAACAAAUGAGCAAAUUGGUAAUGAAGAAUUAAAAAUCAUCAAGUGUAAGCCACACGAUGAGUUCCAUUCUUCCCAAUCCUGAAAUUUUAUUUUAUAUUUUUUUAAUAAUCAAAAAAUGUGAGAAUGAAUGAUGAAUCCUUAUGUUUGUCCUUCUCGUGCUCCUCUUUCAGUGAAAAAAUAACAUUAUUAAAUAAUUAAUAAUGACGGUGUAAUUAUUUUGAUGGAUUCGAUAGCUACUUUUCAUCAAUUUUUAAUUUUUGCAUGAGGCAAAAGCUUUUUACUAUACCCGAACUACGAAUUUAUAAAUAAAGUUGAUAAACAUUUAUUCACGAAGGCAAUCGAUUAACUGAAAUUAAUGAAUUGUAAAGAAUAAUGGUUUUUUUGAGAGGAGUUGCGUAACGAAUUCAUUGAAAACAUUAGGAUGGAGUCGGACGAGUAAAUAAAUUAUCGAUAAACCUCAAGUAAUCGUAAAGUACUUGUAUUUGAUGAGAAAUGAAAACUGAAGAAAUUAGUACAAUGUAGUGAUUUCUUUUCGAUGGAUUUAAUUGAGUGAUUGAUUAAAAUUUUUAGAUAAACUCCAGUAAUUAAAGUUGAAUUAUUUUAGUCGAGUAGAGCCACAGUUAAUCGUAGAAGGGAGUUUAACACAGAAAAUAGGAUCGAUUGAUGAAAUCAAAGGAGUGACUUAAUUAUUAAAUUCAUUCGAGGAACAAAUAAUACUAUAUGCAAUGAAUUUUUGUUCAUAUUUAUUGGAAUUUGUAUUUUGUCAUUAACAAUUUAUCGAGGUAAUUCCACAUGUCCUGGCCUCCCGAAACAUUAAUAAUUCAUAUGAAUUCUUUUUUUUUUAUUUAUCGAUGUGGUACUUUCAUUUUGCUGAACAUAAUAAAAUUAUGAUGUCACUGA